CGAUAUACAGUGUCUCAAUUCGCAGUAAUCUACUAUUGAGAUAUGCUGAGGUGGUGCAUUGUAAAAGAGCUGCAGAUAAUUUCGACCUAUCAGAAACGGGCCAAAUCGAUCUGACUAACAGAGCUCGCGAAAGUCAACCUCACGGGUCAGGGCAUCAUUCAAGAGCGAAUAUCGUCGCCACAACCAAUUCGAUCCACCACUGCUCUUCCACACCUGCACAGCACUCACUAUGGCCAGCGCGAGGCCACUGAUGAUGCUGGUGCGCAGUCGCCCCAGCAUUUUUGCCUCCUCGCCCGCCCAACAACGUCUACUCGCCGCUUUCUUCACGACCUCUGCCGCUCGUAAUGCCUCAGGUAGUGGACGCCCACCGUCGGGAUUCCGCAUCCCAGCACCAAAGCAAUGGGAUGAAGGCGAAAGCUCGUUGGACAAAGCUGGAAAAUACUUCCUGCUCACUGAGAUGUUCCGAGGAAUGUGGGUUGUGCUGGAACAGUUUUUUCGAGCACCAUAUACGAUCUUCUAUCCUUUCGAGAAAGGUCCCAUUUCGCCCCGCUUCCGCGGUGAGCACGCUCUACGGCGGUAUCCCACAGGCGAAGAGAGGUGCAUUGCCUGCAAGCUGUGCGAGGCCAUUUGCCCAGCCCAAGCUAUCACAAUCGAAGCAGAGGAACGAGAAGACGGAAGCAGAAGAACAACGAGAUACGAUAUUGACAUGACGAAAUGCAUCUACUGUGGGUUCUGUCAAGAAAGCUGCCCGGUGGACGCUAUUGUUGAGGGUCCGAAUGCGGAGUAUGCCACAGAGACAAGAGAAGAGCUAUUGUACAACAAGGAAAAGCUGCUUGCAAAUGGCGACAAAUGGGAGCCUGAAUUGGCCGCGGUGGCGCGAGCAGAUGCUCCAUACAGAUAACACACAUGUAUCAAAAACUAAGAUGCAAUAUGUAUAUAACAUGACGAACAGGCUGGGCGCCCCUCCAAAUGCGCCCCUCCAAUUCUCUACAUUGCAAUGAUAAACAGUACGUCUCUUUUGUACUCGAAUG